AUGAAGAAAGGCCGAGUUCUGGUGGAGCCGGCGGCGGCAGUAGCGGAGACGCGGUUCCGCGGCGUGCGCAAGCGGCCGUGGGGGCGGUUCGCGGCCGAGAUCAGGGACCCCUGGAAGAAGGUCAGGGUGUGGCUCGGAACCUUCGACUCGGCCGAGGCUGCCGCUCUGGCCUACGACUCCGCCGCUCGCGCGUUCCGUGGUUCCAAGGCCAAGACCAACUUUCCCCUCGCCGCCGCCGCUGCUGCGUCUCCCACCCCUACUCCUGCAUUCCGCUGCUCUCCCUCCGCUGACCCAACCCUAGGGUUUUGA